AUGGAUGUGCACCAAAAGCGAGACGUUGUUGUUGAGAAUCAAAGCAAGAGCCCUAUAAAUAGCUCUUCUUCUUGUGUUAUUUCUUCUUCUUCUUCUCCUGAUCCGACGUCGUCCAAUGACAAUAACAAUGGAAAUGUUGAGGGUGAAGGCGAUGAUAUUAAUGGAUUAUUUGAUCCAGUGUCUAAAUACCCAGCUGGGUAUAGGUUUCAACCCACAGAUGAAGAACUUGUUGGUUAUUACUUGAAGAAAAAGGUGGCGAAUCAAAAGCUUCCAAUCAACAUGAGGAAUAACGUUGAACUUUACAAGCACAAUCCUCAAUAUCUUCCACAAGGAGAUAGUCAAUGGUAUUUUUUCACACCAAGAGAUCGCAAGUACCCUAAUGGUGAGCGUCCAAACCGAGCAGCUGGAGAUGGUUUUUGGAAGGCCACUGGAGCCGACAAACUAGUGAUGUCCAAUAAAGAUAAGAUUGGAUUCAGGAAGGCUUUGGUGUUCUACAAAGGAAAACCUCCCAAUGGUGAUAAAACUGAUUGGAUAAUGCAUGAAUAUCGAUUGAAUGAACCUCCCAAGAAAAGAAUUACUACUGGCACUGAUAAUGACAUGAGGCUAGAUGAUUGGGUUCUAUGUAGAGUAUAUAAGAAGAAGGCUGACAGGUCUCCAUCAAAGAUUAAUGCAAGGAAAACAGAAGAUGAUCAUGGAUAUAAACGCCAUGCAAAGAAGUCUGCUACUAAUCAAACUUUAACAACCUCCUCCUCCAAUCAAAACCAUAAUAUCUAUCACCAUCAUAUGCUCCAUGCUUACCCGGAAUUUCAAUGUGUUGUUGAGCCUAAUAAUCAUCAUGAUCUUCUUUUCAUGAACCAACCUUCCACGCAUCUUGGACAUCCAUACUUGGAUAUUGAGAAUUCCUUCAAGGUCACAGAACCAUCGCCAUUGAUUUAUCCAUUUAUCCAUUCUACAGAAAAAUUCACCACCAAAGAUCACAAUAUUGGGUAUCAACAUGAUGAUGGUGAUGAUGGUUAUUACAGUUUAUCAGACUCGCUCCAAAACAAUGCUAUUCCUUCUAUGACCAUGGAUAGUAGUUCUUUUGACCAAUGGAUUAUGAAGAUGGACAAUACCAACAAUGCUAUAAACUCUUCCAUCUCUCAUGCUGCUAGCCAUGGAAAUGACUCUUUCAUGCCUCGUACAGCCGGUGCAAAUGCCAAAUAAUUGUAAUAGAAGGCACCUAGAAUUGAG